AUAUAAAUUACACUCUCAGCAGAUUGUACAUUAUCCCAAGGUUUAGGUAAUUGGGGAAAAAUAUUGGCUGAAUCUGCCUUAGCGCAGUGAAUACAGUUUCUGCUCAAGAACUGUCUCAAUAGAGAAUCAAAUAUUCCUGGUUUAAAGCAGCCCCGCUGACUUCCUAUGGAGCAUUCUUGGGCAUCAGUAUUGUUGUGUGUCAACUGGGAGGAUCUUGACCUACUCUGCUAACCCAGUGGCCAGAGCAAAUCACAAGGAGGAUUGGAGUCAUUGGCCCAGCCCCUCCCCGUCCCCCCGCCCCAACUCCCCGCAGCAGCCUACUGGAAAGAGACAAGUUAGCUAUUCAAUUAAUUGGCUUUUUGCCCACUUCUUUUCCAAAUAAAAAGGCAGGGGCUGCUGCUGAGGUGCAAAGGAGUUUUGUGAAUUACGGUAGUGGGUAAGACCUGAGUUCCUCCAGCUCCUACCUACUUUCAGCUGACUAGAAGGGCAAGGAUGGUAGAUGCUUUCUGUGCCACCUGGAAGCUGACAGACAGCCAGAAUUUUGAUGAAUACAUGAAGGCUCUGGGCGUGGGCUUUGCCACUAGGCAAGUGGGAAAUGUGACCAAACCAACGGUGAUUAUCAGUCAGGAAGGCGGCAAAGUGGUGAUCCGGACACAAUGCACAUUCAAGAACACAGAGAUCAGUUUCCAGCUGGGAGAAGAGUUUGAGGAAACGAGCAUAGAUGACAGGAACUGUAAGUCUGUGAUUCGGUUGGAUGGAGACAAGCUCAUUCAUGUGCAGAAGUGGGAUGGCAAAGAAACAAAUUGUGUCAGAGAAAUUAAGGAUGGCAAAAUGGUUGUGACUCUCACCUUUGGGGAUGUCGUUGCUGUUCGCUGUUAUGAAAAGGCAUAGAAGAAAUGCCGGGUCUUUUGAAAACUUGGUUUCCUGAAGUUCCAGAGUUAGCCAGCUACUGAAGCACUGGUCACUAAUUAUAAGUUUGUCUUUGGUGUGGAGGCAGAAAAUUAUAAUUUAAGAUGUGCUAGUCCAACUCGUGGGAUUUUGAUAUGCAAAUUUACUGUUUUCAGUUUUUUUUAAUAACUUUACAAUACUUUUUUUUAUAAAGAUGGGGAUCUACCUUAUAAUUUCCUUUGGUGUGCAAACCAAAUUGGAAUAAAAAAUAUACACACUGAUAAAA